GUCACGUGACAGAGCGGUGAAGGAGAGGAGGUCCGUGGCGCGUGGGCUUGUGGGAGCAGUUUGAUGACGUCUACAGUUGAAGUGGAGGAAUAAUAACGCAGGUCUCUACUGGAUUUCGCGUUCACGGGUGUCAGGCUUUGGCGUGGAGUGACGAGAGUAACAGCUAAGCGAGAUGGGCGCUGUGGUGUCUCGGUGGAGGGCCAAGCCAUCCACCGUAGAGGUCUUGGAGGGUCUCGAUAAGGACAUCCAGGCCCUUGAGGAAAACCGAGAGAAGAACCAAAAGCAGCGGAAGCUAUGGGUCUACCGACUGCUGUUGUACUCGGUCCUGCUGUACUUGAUCGCCUGUACGGUCGUCUACGUCUGGUACAUCCCGGAGCAGAUGAUGGGGAAAGUUAUAGUGGCGUCGCCAUUCUUGAUAUUUCCUCUGGUAGUUUGGCUCCUGAGGAAACUGCUGAUUGUUUUAUACAACAGACGAACAGAGAGAAACAAUGAAAAAUUAGAAGAUCUGAAAGCAGAGAAAAAGAAAAUACUUGAACAGGUAAUGGAAACUGAAACCUACAAAAAUGCCAAGCUGAUUUUGGAACGGUUUGACCCAGACUCUAAGAAAAAGCUUGAGUUAGAAGCUCAACCCAUUGGCCCACCGGCGACUCCAAGACACGGCCAAGAGCUGCGUCAGAGGCUCGUGUCCCCUCGUCCUGCUGGACGUCCACCUCCCGGUCCUGGAUCAGCCCCCCCGACUCCACUGUCUGCCCCGGGUGGGCCACCUGAAAAGGGUCUGUCCACCUCAACCCCACACGGUCUGAUCCGGAGGCCUGGGACCCCGGCUGGCACUCCUGCCCAUGGGAUGGGAAUGCACCCUCCAGGUCCUCCGCUGGCCAGACCCGUCCUCCCCAGAGAUCGAGGUGCCAUGGACAGGGUCGUUGAGUACCUAGUGGGUGAUGGACCUCAGAACAGAUAUGCGCUGAUAUGCCAGCAGUGUUUGUCUCAUAACGGUAUGGCUUUAAAGGAGGAGUUUGAAUAUAUUGCAUUCAGAUGUGCCUACUGUUAUUUCCUGAACCCGGCCCGGAAGACACGUCCCCAGGCCCCACGUCUCCCAGAAUUCACCGCAGAAGCCAAGAUGAGCCAAGACCCCCCUGCUGUUGCCAUGGAGACAGACCUGUCUAGUGCUCCACCUGCCCCAGAGGGUAAAGCAGCCGGUCCAGGACAUGUGAAAGCAGAAGCCGGAGAGCAGACCUCAGACGAGAGUCCUUUAGAAGAGAAGAAGCCAGCAGAUCCAGACCCACACACACACACACACCUCCCUGACGAAGCACAGGCCGAGCUCGACGCGUCCGCCAUGGAAGUGGAGUUGAGCGAGGGACAGUUAAUGCCAAUAGAAACCUAAGUCUCUUCCUCUCGUGUGUGU